CUUUGGCUCAUUCUGUUACUCACCAUCGAACCGUUCGGACGUCGCUGCGCAACUCAAUUGUCGUGUUCCGGUUUUUGGUGUUCACUUGAAGCUCGUUUAACGCUCGUUCGUUCCAGAGUGAAGAAUAUAAUACAGAUAAAAAGCAAAUUUAACUGGACUUAAAGUGCUAACGGAAUUCGUAAUCGUAUUUGUGCAGUGCUCAUCUAGUCCACCCACUACAACAACAACAACUACACAAGUGUAUCCCCCUAUUUAAAGAAACUGUCGCAAAUGCGACGCAUAUCCAAGUAUCUAGAGUAAAGUUAUAGCAGUAUCUGAAGUCUAAGAACACUCAGACACUCACACACCCACACACACACACAUACAGCAAUGGCUACCAAUACAGAGCUGCUGCCCUUCCAUCAUCAGACAACAAUCUCGCUACAGACAGCCGCCGCCCUCACUAACUAUCAUGGUGGUGGCGCCGGAGGAGGCGGAGGUGGCGGCGGCGGUGGAGGAGGUGGUGGAGCUACAGCUGGUGGCUCGGCGGCUGCUGCAGCUGCGGCUGCCUGGAACCGAGACGAACUGUAUCAACAGACUGAGCUGCCCGGCUUGACACGCAACGCCCACCACCUGCUGCGCUUUACGCCCUAUGCACUGCACCAUCGGCCCCAGCUGCAAACAUUGCCACCUGCGCUCUACUUGCAACAUGCGGCUGCCGCGGCGGCAGCAGCAGCCGCAGCCGCUGCAGCAGCACACGCCCAGCAUCAUCAUCACCAUCAUCAUCAUCUUCAUCACCAGCACAGAGCCGCCUCGCCGGAGAGUCCGCCGCCCGUGGAGGGCACACACAUUAGCAACCUAUUUCCAGAGCUACUGGAGCAGAUCUUUGAGCAUCUGCCGGUGCGAGAUUUGGGGCGGGCCGCACAGGUGUGCACCGCCUGGCGAGAUGCAGCCUAUGCGAAGAGCGUGUGGAAGGGCGUCGAGGCGAAACUACAUCUGAAGCGCUCCAGUCCCAGUCUCUUCAAUUGCCUCGUCCGACGGGGCAUCAAGAAGGUUCAAAUCCUAUCGCUGCGCCGAUCGCUCAAGGAUCUGGUCGUGGGCGUGCCGGCGCUGACAUCGCUGAAUCUCAGCGGCUGCUUCAAUGUGGCCGACAUGAAUCUGGGUCAUGCGUUCAGCGUCGAUUUGCCGAAUCUGAAGACCCUGGAUCUCUCGCUCUGCAAACAGAUCACGGACACGAGCCUGGGCCGGAUUGCACAGCAUCUGAAGAAUCUGGAGACGCUCGAGCUGGGCGGCUGUUGCAACAUCACGAACACCGGACUGCUGCUGAUCGCGUGGGGUCUGAAGAAGCUGCGCCACUUGAAUCUGAGAUCCUGCUGGCACAUCAGCGAUCAGGGCAUCGGCCAUCUGGCCGGGUUCAGUCGGGAGACGGCCGAAGGAAAUCUGCAGCUGGAAUAUCUGGGCCUGCAGGACUGCCAGCGUCUGAGCGAUGAGGCACUGGGUCACAUAGCACAGGGUCUAACCUCACUAAAGUCCAUCAAUCUGAGCUUCUGCGUUUCGGUGACGGACAGCGGAUUGAAGCAUCUGGCUCGCAUGCCCAAGCUGGAACAGCUGAAUCUGCGCUCCUGCGACAACAUCUCCGACAUUGGCAUGGCCUAUCUGACGGAGGGUGGCAGUGGAAUCAAUUCCCUGGACGUGAGCUUCUGCGACAAGAUCAGCGACCAGGCACUCACCCACAUUGCGCAGGGCCUGUAUAGGCUGCGUUCGCUCAGUUUGAAUCAAUGCCAGAUUACGGAUCAGGGCAUGCUGAAGAUAGCGAAGUCGCUUCAUGAACUGGAGAAUCUCAAUAUCGGACAAUGCAGCCGGAUAACGGAUAAGGGAUUGCAAACACUGGCGGAGGAUUUGUCCAAUCUGAAGACGAUCGAUCUCUAUGGCUGCACGCAGUUGAGCUCGAAGGGCAUCGACAUCAUCAUGAAGCUGCCCAAGCUGCAGAAGCUCAAUCUGGGCCUGUGGCUGGUCAGAUGAUGCGUUCAUCAUGAUUGCAAUGCCUGCGCAGCGGCCGAGGCAGAGAAGUCGGCGCAGGCGAACGCUUAGGAUGCAGACAUCUAUGUCUAUGUCUCUCUCACUCUCUCUGAGUGUGGUGUCUGUGUGUGUUUGUGUGCGUGUGACUUUAGCUGAGGAGUCUUUUUGACUUUGUCUUCCUACUCGUCUCCUUCUACCUGCGUGCCGUGUUGCAUGUCUGACGUUGAAGGCAAGGCACGUAAUUACACACACCAGCACACACAGAAACACACACACGCACACACACAGAGAGCGGAGCAGACAACUAAGUAAAGUAAAGUAUAAAAAACAACAACAACAAGAUACACUGAAAACUCAUAGCUUUCGUUUGCCAUACCACACGCUGUACUAAAUUUUUUCGUACGAAUCGAGUAGAAAACGAAACAGCAAAAGCAACAGCAGAGACAGAGCGCAGGCAAGUCAAGCGAACGAGCGAGAGGCAGAAAACAACAAACGCCAACAACAAAAAGCAAACAAUGAACAAACACACGUACAUACAUACUGACAGACGUACAUACACACAUACGUACAUGCAUACACAAGCACAACUACGGCAACGGCGGAGCUGAAGCUCGCUAUGUUGCUGCUGCUGCUGCUGCUGCCGCCGCAGGUUCCUAAGGGGCUGGCAGCGGCGCACUUGUGGGCCUGGUAGAGGUUAGCAGGGUUGGGAAGGGGGCGCGACGCGUCAGCUUACACGCACGCAGCGCAGCGGCGGCGAUAAAAAGAAACAAGAGAAAAAAAUAACACGGCUGCAGCUAUGGCCGACGGCAGCAACAAAGUGCAUGGCGAUGGAGACGCGCGAUAAGCAUAGCGCAAGAGUGUAAGAGAGAGAGAGAGAGAGAGAGAGAAAGAGAGCGGACAAACACACGCACACAUACACGUAUGCAUAUGCAUAAAUGUGCGUGCGUGUGUGUGUGUGUGCUUGUGUAUAAUGCAGGCCGCAGUUAAACAGAUGCAAAUAAAUUUAAAUAGUUUAUUUUAAUUCACGCUUCGGCAACAACAGAAACAACGGCGAAAAAAAAUUGUAGAAGCAGAAACAACAAAAGCAAGCGUCCUCCAACGCUACAACAACUACAGACGCAGCAAUGGCGUCAGCUGCGACGCCAGCAGCGACGCGCGCAGCGCUUUAAGCUUGCCCGCAAU